AAUGCCGUAAACUUCAUAAAAAGCCGUGCCCGGUUAUGGCUUCUUUAAAUUCCGACGAUGAUGAAGAAGAUGAAGAACAAACCCCCCCGAUUCAUUGAACUUCCCACUUCAGUCGCUCCUAGAAACAGCAAUUUAUCAAUGAAACCCACAAACCCCAUUACCAAUUUCAGAUAGAUUAAGGAUUUCUCGAGUUCAUUGUUGAGGUUACAAUUGAAUGCUUUUGGAGUUUGGUUCUGCUAUGGAAACAUUGGUGAUUGUAGAACAGUACAGAGAUGAGUUUUGUUAUCGGGUCAAACCUUUAGAAUCGAGUCGAUUUGGGAAUGUGACGAUUAAAGAUCAUAAUCGAUUGAGAUUUCGCCCUACCCCAUUGGAGAUUUCUUCAAUUCCUGUUUAUUAUUUUUCUUCCCCCAAAACACCACCCCCUUUUGCUCCGAUUCCGAUUAAUGGAAAAAUUUGUGUUGACGAGAGCAUUGAUUUUGAUGAACAUUGCUGUUAUAAGAGACUAUCUUUUCCUGAGCUUUGGGCUGGACCAACUUACUCAAAUUCACCCCCUGCAAGUUCAUUGCCAAUCCCCAAAUUUUCAAUCCGAGGAAAUAGAACAGUAUCACUCGAAUCACCCACAAAUUCAGUUGAAAAAGUUCACCAAAUUGUGAAAUCUGCACCACCAUCCCCAACUAGGGGCAAUACUCAUCCUUCUUCAAGAGAGCCAUGUCAUUGUGCUGAUUCUGCUACAAGAACACUUAGACGAAUCCUUAACCUUGAUGUUAACUCUGAGUGAGUGAUGUUUUUAGUGAGUAUCAAGCUCACUUGUGUGUUCUGAUGUGGCGGGGGGGUGGGGAGGCGGUUUAGUGUAUGUCUGUAAAAAUAUAAUGAAAAAUCAUGGUUGAUAUGGGUAGGAUUUAGAAUUUUGAUUCUCCUUUGUAGUUUUUGAGAAGUGGGAUUUGUAGCUGAUGGUUAAUAUUCUCAGUUUUAUUCGAUCUCAAGCGUCUUAAAGCCUGCGUAUGGUUGCUUAGAUAUGGAGGUUGAUUCAAGCACAGAACAAGAGUAAAGCAGCAAGGAAUCCACCUGUACCUUAAACUUGUUAGAAAAAGAAGAUAGAGAGAAAAAGAGAAUGUAAAUUCUGUACUCUUAUCUUCUCACUUAUUCUUCUUGUUCAUCAUACAACUUUAGAGCUCUGAUAUAGGCUUGUAAACUUAGAUACUACUACUCAAAACGAAAUGAAAUGUAGCUUGCAAGAA